UUCCCAACCUCCUGAGAGCGCUCGGGGACCAGUUCUACAAGGAGGCGAUCGAGCACUGCCGCAGCUACAACUCGCGGCUGUGCGCCGAGCGCAGCGUCCGCCUGCCCUUCCUGGACUCGCAGACCGGCGUGGCUCAGAACAACUGCUACAUCUGGAUGGAGAAGAGGCACAGGGGACCAGGCCUGGCCCCGGGUCAGCUGUACACGUACCCAGCACGUUGCUGGCGCAAGAAGAGGCGUUUGCAUCCCCCUGAGGAUUCCAGGCUGAAGCUGCUGGAAAUUAAACCUGAAGUUGAUCUGCCACUGAAGAAAGAUGGCUUCACCUCAGAAAGCACAACUCUGGAAGCCUUGCUGCGUGGAGAGGGAAUAGAGAAAAAAACAGACACUAAAGAGGAAGACACUAUACAAGAAAUCCAGAGGGUUUUAGAAAAUGAUGAAAAUGCAGAUGAAGUGAAUGAAGAAGAGGAUUUAGAAGAAGAUAUUCCAAAACGAAAGAACAGGCCUAGAGGACGGGCUCGGGGAUCUGGAGGUGGCAGGAGACGGAAUGAUGCUGCCUCCCAGGAUGAUCAUGACAAACCCUAUGUUUGUGACAUCUGUGGCAAGCGUUACAAGAACAGGCCUGGGCUGAGCUACCACUACGCUCACACCCACCUCGCCAGCGAAGAGGGCGACGAAGCCCGAGAGCAGGAGACCCGCUCUUCCCCUGUCCACAGGAACGAAAACCACAAACCCCAGAAAGGACCAGAUGGGGUCAUCAUUCCCAAUAACUACUGUGACUUCUGCCUCGGAGGCUCCAAUAUGAACAAAAAAAGUGGCCGGCCUGAGGAACUUGUAUCGUGCUCAGACUGUGGGCGCUCUGGACACCCGACCUGCCUGCAGUUCACCACAAACAUGACUGAGGCUGUUAAAACCUAUCAGUGGCAGUGCAUUGAGUGCAAAUCCUGCAGCCUCUGUGGGACCUCUGAGAACGAUGACCAGCUGCUCUUCUGUGAUGACUGUGACCGUGGCUAUCACAUGUAUUGCUUGAAUCCACCAGUCUUUGAGCCCCCAGAAGGGAGCUGGAGUUGUCAUUUGUGCCGAGAGCUGCUCAGAGAGAGAGCAUCAGCUUUUGGCUACCAGGCCUGAGGAGCUCCAGCAGUCAAGAAACACUUUGCUCCUGGUGUUGCCAUACCAGCACACAAUUCCCAUCCAGAACACAAAGACACAACCCACAUCAACACGAACGGACACUCAAAGAGAGGAAGAGGUAUCUGUGGUGUCACUGUCACUAACGCCAUACCUCCUGGGCUCUACUAGAAGGAUCAUGUACUUUCCAGAUGCUCCGGAUGAAAUCUCUUCACUGCUAUGCAUGGUUGCUGCUUGCUGUUAUGGGCCCACACUCAUUCUAGAGGGGGAGGGUUGUUGUAUCGACAUGGAGAAGUCAAUUUUGUGUGGCCUUGUGUUUUCUGUUUAGUCUUCUUUUUAAAGAAGUAGUAAGAUAUCUCCCAUGGAAUUAUUGGUGAGUACUUUGGCUGGGAGCAGCACCAGUUGUUUCUCUUCACAGGCUUGACUGGAAAUCUCUUUACUGUGACCACUCUGUAUUCAUAGGGGAGCUUUUUGAGAGUUGCAUUAGUUCAAUAUAUCCCAGGUCAUGAACAAUGUGUUGUCACUGAGAGAAGCACCGAUCAAAAAUUUGGGGGGGUGACCCUUCCUCCCUUGGAUCAAAUUCUUUGAUCUGGAAGAUCUUUAGAAAUCUGGUUUGGCUAUUUCUGGACAACGAGCAGUACCAGUAUGUACACACAGAGAGAUGCUUAGAAAAGCUCACUGCCUUUGCUGUUUCAGAAUAUUUUGGCACAUUGUCCCACUACAGUGCAAGUGUGCAGUCCAGAUUCAUCAUUUUAGUU